AUGGCCGCCCCUAAAAAUGUUCUUCUGGUCGUCGCCGAUGACCUGGGCAAAUCUCUGGGCUGUUAUGGAGAGACGGCUAUCCGUACGCCUCACAUUGACGCGCUCGCCAAGGAUGGCACGGUCUUCGAUAAUGCCUUUGCCAGCACGGCUUCCUGCAGUGGAAGCCGCUCGGUGAUUUACACAGGCCUCCAUACCCAUGAGAAUGGCCAGUACGGGCUCAACCACUAUACGCACCACUUUAUGACAUUCGAUCACAUCCCAACGGCGCCCAAGCUUCUCCGUGACCAUGGCUAUCUUACCGGCAUCGUCGGAAAGAUCCAUGUUGGCCCCUUGUCGGUGUAUCCUUGGGAAGUAGUCAGGGAGAGCCCAACUCGGGACGUCACUUGGGUUGCAGAACAAGUGGAUUCCUUUCUUCAACAGGCCAAACAGGAACAAAACCCAUUCUUUUUAGCCGUGGGCUAUAUGGAUCCUCAUCGCGACUCUACACGUGGUGGCUUUGGCAAUGGCGAUGACCAAGUCGCGGCCGAGGACCCGGAAUAUCAACCUGAGAACGUCAAGGUUCCGGAAUUCCUGAGCGACAUCCCCGAAGUGCGCCAGGAACUAGCUGAAUAUUAUCGCUCCAUUGGCAGAGUAGACCGAGGACUCGGACUACUGAUAGAUUCCCUUGAAAAACAUGAGUUUGAUGACAAUACAUUAGUCAUUUUUAUGAGCGAUAAUGGCCCGCCUUUUCUGAAUUCCAAGACGACUCUUUACGACGCCGGCAUUCGCCUGCCCUUGAUCAUUCGUCAACCAAAUGGCCCCAAGAACGUAUUCAAUCCGAACCUCAUUUCUUUCGUUGACAUUCUGCCGACAAUUCUCGACUGGACUGGGUAUCUUGAAAAUACAAACGUUCCCUCCCGACGAAAGGGACGCUCGUUGCUCCCUAUCCUCUCCGCGACUUCGGUUGCAGAUAAAAGCUGGACAAAGGUCUUUGGGUCGCACACUUUCCACGAAAUUACCAACUAUUAUCCAACCCGCUUCCUCCGCACUUCUCGCUACAAGUAUCAUCGGAAUGUGGCUUGGAAAUUGGAUUUUCCGUUUUCGACCGAUCUAUAUGCGUCGUUGUCAUGGGAGGGCAUUCGAAACCACGGCGAGCAAGUUAAAAUUGGGAGCCGUCCGCUCAAGUCAUACAUUCAACGGCCGCCGGAAGAGCUCUACGACAUGCAAGAAGAUCCUCGCGAAGUCACUAAUCUGGCCUCAGACCCGGAGUAUAAGGACUUGUUGCGAGACCUAAGACGGCAAUUGGAACAAUGGCAACGAGACACUCAAGAUCCUUGGUUGGUCCGAGAUGGGGUUUCAUUGCACGAAAUGCAGGGUCAUAUUGACGCGGGACUGAAGAUUCCCGACCGGUUUGAUUUUGAUGUCCACGCCCCCGGCUCUCGAACCUAAAUGAGUUUUAAUAAUGAUCAAAAAUAAUACCCGAU